AAUUGCUACAAGGGGCCAUAUCAAAUCGUGUGGUAGUGAUAAUAAUAUGAACGUUACCAUCAUCGGAGGUACAGGAUUGGUCGGGUCAUACUUGGUCAAGGCUGCAGAAGCCGCCACCGCCAUUUCCACCAUCAAUACAAUUUCUCGUCGUCAAAUUGAAGGCACUAAAAUCAACUCCAUUGUCAAGGCCACCACUGCUGAAUGGACCCCUGAAAUCGAAAAGUUGAGUGCCACCAACAAGGUGUUCUUCUCUGCCUUUGGUACCACCAGGGCUGACGCUGGAGGGAUUGACAAUUUUAAAAAAAUUGAUAUUGAUACCAACUUUGCCGCGGCAAAGGCAGCCAAAAAUGGUACCAUUGACACGUAUGUUUUGGUUUCCACCGUGGGUGCCAACAAGGGCUCGAUUGUCCCAUACUUGAAGUUGAAGGGAGGGCUUGAAGAUGAUGUGAUUUCCUUGGGAUUCAAACGUACCAUCAUCCUCCGUCCUGGUGUUCUUAUUGGCGAUCGUGUCAAGCCCAAGGGGCUUUUGAAUGAUCUUGCCGUCAAGGUUGGUGUUUGGACCCGUGACCUGUGGUUGUUCCCACUUGUCAAGGCCACUCAUGCCGAUGAAGUUGCCAAGGUUGCACUUCAUUUGGCCUUACAACCAUUGAAAGAGGGCACUGAGUCUGAAGUUCGGAUCGUGGAAGCACAAGAAAUUGUCGAAUUGGCUGCCAAAUUGUAAAACCCCCCUUUAAACCCCAUACGAUCAAUAAAUAAACGAAUGUAAUGUAA